CUCCCCCCAAUUGUUACGUAUGUGCGUUAGUGUGUGUGAAGAAGAGAGAGUGAGAUAUGUAACUUUGUGUGUUUUGAUUAUUAAUGAAAUCUGUUUGAGUUUGAGUGUAAAGUAUUUCUCUUGUUACCAAUCAUUGUUAUGGUUGAUAAUAUGAAUAAUUGAACCCACUUAUCAUUACAUGAUCUCUGUCUGUAUAUUUGUACGUGAAGAAUUGACAAAACCUUUGUAAACCAAAAGUUCAGAGAGGCGAUUUUGGGGCGAUCUUUCUGUCGUAUCGUGUUCUUCGUCUGGUUUUCUCCCUAUCCCCUAGCCACCCAUGGCUGGGGAUUACGAAGCCAAUUUUCCUAGUUUGGAGGAUCCCUCUCUCCAUUCUAGGGCUGGGAAUGGGGUGAGUUCGUCGGUUAGGGCUUCCAUUGAACGGGUGGAUAUUGUCCAAUUACUGAAGAAUGCUUCGAUCCCUACUUCCGAUCACUUGCGUAUCGAUAGUUCUGAUGGUCCUGCUGCUCGUCAAAUCAAGGAAUUGACUGCUAAGCUGAAGAAAUUGCGAGGGGAUUUGGAAGACAAGGAGAAUCUGUUGAAAGCGUCUAGGGUUUUGCCUUCUGAUGCCAAUUCUGGGCUGGAGCGUAUUGAGAGGUUGUUGAGGCAGGGCCCUGGCAUUUUGGGGGAAGGUUGAUGGUGCUUACACAAUGGCAGCCUCAGAUGUGCCCAUAAAAGGAUCAGUUGCAGAAGAUUCCGCUAUGGGCUCAGUUUUAUAAUGUUUCGUUGGAGUUAUGGACGGCUGCAGGCUUGAGCUUUGUGGCUAGUGCAGUAGGUAAGCUUCUUUACGCUGAUUCUGUGACUGAGCAAUGUAAGAGGUUGAAUUAUGCUAAGAUUUGUAUAGAAAUAGAUGUUAAUUCUGAAUUACCUGAGAGCUUUGAUGUUGUUCUUGCUAAUGGUGCGUGUUUCACUAUUAAAGUUUGGUACCCUUGGAGGCCCCUUAAGUGUUCUAAAUGUCAUGUUUUUGGUCAUAGACCCUGCCAAGAUGUUGCUACUGGUAGUACUAAUGUUGGUUCUGGUCAAAUAGGGAACAAGGCUAAGGUUUGGGUUGUGAAAGAAAUGGUCAUGGUCCUUCUACUGUUGCAGAUAGAGAGGAAAAUGAUGAUUCUAUUCUUUGUCCUGCUCCCUCCCCAAAGCUCGUAACUCCUGUUUCAACUCCUUGUGCUGUUAUGUCUCCAUCAGGUGGGAGGGGUGGGAUAGUUGAAGAAGUCUGUAAUGAUGUGCUUGUUGAUUCUCCUGUGGAAUUUGUGGUGGCUUCUUCUAGCACCAAUGUUUAUAAUCCUAUACAGUGUAGUUUGAAUAAAUUUUCUGUUCUUGAAGCUGCUGUUGUUGU